AUGAAUAGGCGCUUAUUAGACAAUAUAACGUUUCGACAACGUUUCUUUCAUCGUAGCAACUACACUACUUAUAUUAUCAUUAUUGUCAUCGUUUUCCUAACUUUAGUCGGUGAGCCAAAAUUCAUUUUUCAAUCUCAUCUACACAUACCUUGGUUGACCGAUGUAAAACAUGUGCAACCACUACAGUGUAUUUCUGACAAAAAUCAACCUGGUUGGCCACGUGCUAUGGAAUCCUCUGAAAAAUCUCCACUUGAUGGCCAUCUUACAUUGAUCAUUGUCUCAGCAAAAUCCGAUUUCAAACGAUUGCCACUCACGUUGACUUCUCUCGUGUGUCAUCUUGAUUAUCGGCAACUUAAUCAAGUUAUCUUACUCGUUCCUCGUCAACAUGCAACACUCCUUGAGCCAUUUCUUGCCGGUGAAGCAUCUCGUCAUUGGCCAUGGCCCAUAUCAAUCAUGCCCGACGACAAUAUCUUGCAACAUACACAUACACAUUCAUAUCGUCUUCAAAUGAUGUUUAAAUUAGUAAUUGCUCAAGUGAUAAAAACUGAAUAUUAUAUGAUACUUGAUUCCGAUUGUAUUGCUCUCUCACCUAUUCAUGUUACACAAUUGCUCUGGCAACAGAAUAUGUCUAGUUCGAAAGUGAGCCAUGGGAUACCCUCACAUCAAGCUUUAUAUCAACUUGAAGAAAGAUCAGAUCAUGCCGAAUGGUGGCCCGAAAGUGAACAAUUGCUACAAAUUGAACCGAACACAUGCGUCACAAAUAAUCCGUCGACAAAAUCCAUCGGCGUUACACCAGCUAUUCUAUCGAAAUCAAUUGCAUUGAUGACUUUGUGUCGAUUACAGAAACUUUAUGGCGAUAGAUCAUUUUUGAACAUAUUAGCAAAUUGGGCUUUAUGGCGAACUCCAUUCGGUCGAAUGUGGACAGAAUAUACUUUAUACUAUUUGACUGCUCGCUGUACAGACACUUUCAAUUCUCAUCAUUUUCAUCGUGCAAAUACUUCGUCAGUACCACCAAUCAAUUUAUACGGUCCAAGUGUCUGGUGGGCCACGGAUUGGACAUCAUUUUUACGAUAUCAACUUCUUGAUUCAGCCAAAGCUGGACUUCAAUGGCGUCAGAAAGAGAUCGAUAAUGGAGAUGGUGCAUCGAUUAUUGAUUCAUCAGUGAAAGCAAUUAACCUUUUCACUGUUCUUCAAAGUCGUGCAACGGUUAAUCAAGCAUUAUUCCACACACUUCUAUAUCCACUCUUCAUAGACCACUUGGCACAUCGAAAGAACAGUCAAAAACUAUUGGAAAUUUUGAAUCGCAUGACAACGCAGUUCACGGGAAAUAGUAAUACCGAUGGAAUUCAUUGA